AUGGAUCGAAGUUGGAUAACAACAACAAAAUUGGGGGACCCAAAAUACAAAGCUGGAGUUAUGGAAUUUCUCAAAUUUGCUUUGGAUAAUAAUAGUGAAGGUCGUGAUAGGUUGCCUUAUCCUUGUUAUAUGUGUCACAAUCUUAUGCAUCACAAAGUUGACGAAAUACUCAACCAUUUGAGUAAAUGGGAAUUUGAUAUAACAUAUACUCAUUGGUAUCGUCAUGGUGAAAAAAGGGAAGAAACUUCUGCCCAUCAAGGCGAUAAUACUGAUGAAGGUGGUACCUUGGAGGAAAUGAUGGAUCAACUUCAUGAAAUAGUUGAUAAUGAUCCUCAGGUGAUAGAGGAAUUGUUUACUGAUUCCGAACUGCCCUUAUACAAAGAGAGUAAGUACACAAAACUAUCGGCUAUAGUUAAGCUUUACAAUGUGAAGGUGGGUCAUAGUGUGACGGAUCAGUGUUUUACGGCGUUCCUUAAGGUGUUUAAAGACAUACUUCCACCCGAAAAUGUUUUGCCUAGCCGUACUUAUAAGGCAAAAAAGAUAUUGUGCACAACGGACUUGAAUUACGAAAAAAUUCAUGCUUGUCCUAACGAUUGCAUACUGUAUCGAGAUGAAUUUGAAGCUUUAAAGAAAUGCCCUGAGUGCAAUGUAUCUAGGUACAAGAAAAAGGAAGGAGUUCCGGCUAAGGUUUUGUGGUACUUUCCAAUAAUACAAAGGUUCAAACGAAUGUAUGCAGAUGCAGGAGAUGCAGAGAAGUUGACAUGGCAUAAAUUUGGUCGGAAAAAAUAUGAUGGGUUACUAAGACAUCCAGCUGAUUCUCCGCAAUGGAAAUUUAUUGAUGGAAAGUUCGAUGAUUUUGGUAAAGAAGAAAGAAAUCUACGCCUUGGAUUGUCUACUGAUGGUAUGAAUCCAUAUAGUUCCCUUAGUAGCACCUAUAGUACUUGGCCGGUCAUGUUGGUGACUUACAACUUACCUCCUUCCUUGUGUAUGAAAAGAAAGUAUAUUAUCCUGUCAAUGCUUAUAUCUGGGCCAAAACAGCCAGGAAAUGACAUUGAUGUGUACUUGGCACCUCUUAUUGACGAUCUAAAGUUAUUGUGGGAAAAAGGGGUUGAAGUGUUCGAUGGCAGUCGGAAUGAAAUGUUCAAUUUAAGAGCCAUGUUAUUCUGCACUAUGCAAGAUUAUCCAGCAUAUGGUAAUCUUUCUGGUUAUACCGUGAAAGGAGAAUGUGUGUGUCCUAUAUGUGAAGAUGGUUGGAAGGGAAGAUGGGUAAAAGCAUCGGGAAAGCAUGUCUACUUUGAUCAUCGUCCAUUUCUUCCUCAUGAUCAUCCGUACCGCAAACUGAAAAAGGCUUUUAAUGGGGAACAAAAUUUUGAAAGUCCUCCAAAAUUCUUUACUAGCCAAGAAGUGUUUGAAAAAGUAAAAGACAUUAAAAUUACAUUUGGCAAGUUGAAGAAAAAUAAAGUUGCCCUUUCUACACAGGGAUACAAGAAGUGUUCCGGUUUUUGGCGUCUUCCUUAUUGGAGAUUUCUAUUUGUUAGGCAUUCUUUAGAUGUGAUGCAUAUCGAGAAGAAUGUAUUUGAUAUUCUGAUUAGCACAUUAUUGAAUAUUCCUAAGAAGACAAAAGAUGGUCCUAAGGCUCGGGCUGACUUAAAGGAAUUGAAUAUUAGAAAGGAGCUACAUGUUGUUGAGGAGACUGGAAAACGGAAGUAUUUACCCCCUGCUGCCUAUACAUUGUCCAAAAAGGAGAAAGUCGAGCUUUGUUCUUCCUUAGCUGGAGUUAAAGUGCCCGAGGGUUAUUCUUCAAACAUUUCUUCUCUUGUUUCAAUGGAGAAUUUGAAACUCCUGGGGCUGAAGUCUCAUGAUUGCCAUGUUCUGAUGGAAGAUUUCUUACCUGUUGCUAUUCGUUCAAUUUUGCCUAAAAUUAAAGUCAUUAAUCCUAAAGAUUUGGAUUCUUUGGAGAUUGAAAUUGCUGUUAUUUUGUGCCAAUUGGAGAUGUAUUUUCCCCCAGCUUUUUUUGAUAUCAUGAUAUAUUUUCCUAUUCACUUAGUAAGAGAGAUCAGAUUUUGUGGUCCCGUGCACAUGAGAGCUCAAUGGGCCUUUGAAAGGCAAAUGAAAACAUAUAAAGGAUAUGUUAAGAAUACUUUUCGACUCGAGGCUUGUAUUGCAGAGAGAAUGUUGUAUGAGUUAGCUAUGGAAUAUUGUCUUGAAGAUAUAGACCAUGUGAAGACAAUAGGGCUUCCUACAUCUCGACACAGUGACCGAUUUGAUGGUAUGGGAACCAUAGGUCAUAGAGAACAUGACAUGCCUCUUGACAAGUGGCACAUGGCCCACACAUAUGUUCUUUUUAAUGAAGAUAAAGUUGCACCGUAUGUAAACCGGCACAUGUCUUUCUUAAAGACACAAAAUCGAAGGUCUAACCCAAAAGCAUUAGCUAUUGAGCAUAGUAAAUCAUUUCGUUUUUGGUUCAAAGAUCAAGUAAUGAAAGAGCGCCAAAAUUCUUUACAACCCGUUUCUGAUCGACUUAAGAGUUUAAGCUAUGGUCCAGAUUUAUCUGUCUCUUAUUAUUCUGCAUAUGUUAUUAAUGGUUGUACAUUCUACACAAGGGACCAAGAUGAUAAAAGUACCAUGCAAAACAGUGGGGUAUCUCUUGAAGCCGAAGCAAUGCAUUUUUCAAGUGCUAAAGACAACCGUCCUAUCUAUAGUAAAAUUCAAUAUUAUGGAGUAAUUGAUGAGAUCUGUGAGUUGCAUUAUUUGGGGUUUUCAAUACCUGUAUUUGGUUGUAAAUGGGCUGACAAUAACAACAACGUUAUAUCUGAUGGCUUAGGGCAUACUUCAAUGAAUCUUAACAAACUUGGUAGCAAAGAAGAUCCUUAUAUUUUGUCUAGUUAA